AUGUCAAGAAUGUACAACUAUGGAAGGGUUUGUGCGACAGGGCUGAUGCUGAGAAAUAACAGUCUUGAGCUUUUUGCAGGUGGAAAACUUGGCCUCAGAAAAGAGAGAGAGAGAGAGAGAGAGAGAGAGAGAGCUACGGGAAUUAACCUGGAAACAAAGGGGAUAGAUAUUAAUGAUAGAGAUGAAUCAAAGAUAAAAGAGAUUGAAAUUUCUGCAUGUGUGAAGGUGCCUGUUGAAAGACUUCUUGCACCGAAGCCCACUUCACCACCUCCUCGGUCGACCAACACCUUGUUCACGGAGGCGGAUUGGGAGGUCCUCCGUCAGAACAGGAAUGAAAGAAAAUAA